AUAAUGUAUUAUUUUGUGUGUCGAUGCCUAUUUUUUCCUUACACGAGAGAGUUAGAUUCUAUUACAUACAAUGCGCUUCAUUGUAUAUAGAUUUUUUAAAGAUUUUAUUCUGUUGUUUUUAAAACAUUUCUUUCGGUGAUGGCGUAGAGUACAGGACCUGUCUUGGAAAAUGACAUUUCUAACGAAAACUUGAAACCAAAAUAGUAUACCGAGCUUCAGCCAAAGAGUUCCGUAUUUCGUCGAGUAUAUGAACAUGUAUGUUCAACGUGCGAUCCUUAAUUAAGAAAAAAAUAACAGGAAAGAUAAACAAACUUCCUCUUCAUGUCAUGUUGCAGUCAAUCGUACGAAUGAUGACAACUUAAUUGGAUAUACUUUCUUUUUUAACAUUAACUCUAAAGCUCGACAAAUCAAUGUUUUUUUCUCCAAAAUUUCGGAAUUGCUAAUAUUUAUUCCAAAGAAAGAAUCUACUGUCAAGACACCAUGUCUCGCACGUGGCUUUUAUUUGAGAUUAUUAACAUCUAUUUUGUUGUUGCUUUUACAACCCCCUGUAACAGGGUUAAUACAACAUGCUGCUACAAUGAAUAUUUUAACGAAAAAUCUGAAGAAUGUACAGUGUGUAAAAAUGGAAGCAUUGGAUGGAAUUGUGAAACACCCUGUGUCUCAGGAUUCUAUGGUUAUCUUUGUACAACGGCAUGUGAGUGUGAGGCUCAACAGUGUGAUAAACAGACCGGGUGUCAGUCGUCGUCACAUAAUGAGACAUCACCUGUCAAGACUUUGAAUACGAUAUCCACAGCCUUUACAAAGAACGUUUUCACAGAAUCAACAGACAAAGGAGAUAUACAUGAAAGAAGUGAAAGCGCAGUGAGAAAAAAGCCUAUUCAGUCAAACGAAAAACAACCAUGGAUUCUUGUGAGCUUUCUUCUGAUUGGUUCCUUAACAACAUCCAUCGUUGGUGGAACAGCAUUCUAUUUUAGAAAGGGAUGUAUAAGAAGAUUAAUGGGUCUGAAUCCAGGAAGACCUACAGGGGUACAUCAAGGUUCUCGGACUAACAGUUCUCCAAAUAUUGUUCGCUGUUCGGGUUACGAUGACAUUAGACUUUCUCAAAUGAUUCGUAACAGUGAUAUAAUUGAAGAAUCUUACUCUUUAUCGAGUAGGAAGAGAAUGACUAGUAAUCCAGUUAAAAGUAGACAUUUACUGUCAAUUAUUUGUGAUAGUUAUCAUGAAGACGAUGACGAUUACAGUCGCCUGCUGCUUAGGAAGAGACAGAGUGCUUGCAUUGCAAAGAAAAACAUCACUUUUGAGGAUGACGGAUAUGCUUUCCUGCGAUUAGGUAUCAACGAACUGAAACCGGGCCUUGUUAUUCGAAGACAUCGAUCUUUGCCUUCGAUAUCAACUAUCCAAAAUUCUAUAUCUCUAGCUAUAAGUUCACAGGAUGUAAAACGAUGUUUGUCAGAGAGCAAUAUUCCUCUUUGAAAUUGUUUUAUUCAAAUUAUUUUUGUUCAAAUCAGGAUGUUGCAAAAUAUGUAAUCGACGGAAACAAAACCAUAAUGCAGACGAUGAUUAAUUUUUAUUGCAACGUUCUAUUUAAAAAAACCCAAUAAUAUUAUUUGAAAAAAGAUAACAAAUGACCCUGACAUAUAAAGUGUACUAUUACACUUACUUAUUUUAUUAAACUUUAUCAUUAUAUGAUUAGUAUAAUUUUGUUAUUGUUUGCAUUUUGUAUCGUUCGAGUUAUUUUGCACAAGUUUCAAUUUGAGUUUGGUAUGUUUGCAGUAUUUGCUAAAAUGUAUUAACGUUCACUACAAUAGAUGAAUUAUUUUAAAUCAAUACUUUUAGGAAUUGUUCAUUUUUUUGUUUUUGUUACUUUUUUUGUCCUUUCAGAAAUAAAGUGCUUACAUACGUUUGAAUCAACACUUAUAAACAACAUAUUGUGCUGCCUUUGAGGAAGUAUAUGUGGUUUGAAAACAAUCAAGUCUUCGAUUGUUUCAACUUUAUGAUGAUUUUGUGAAUUACAA